CGGCGGGGGGCCGCGCCGCCCUCUCUCCUCGUUUCCGGGGUUCGCUGAUCCUGUUGCUCAGCUCCGCGCUGUCGCUGCCCGCCGAGCCAGGGGCGCCCGCCGGGAUGGGCUCGGCCCUGGCGCGUGCCGCCCCGCGCCAGCAGGACCGGGGGGCCGGGCUCCGCGCUGCUCUCUGAGCCGCCGGGGGCCCGGCGCUGAGGGCCCGGCUGCGAUUACAUCAGAUAUGACCAUGUGCAUAUUAGAAGCCUGAAGGAAGGGCAUGAUGUCAAAAUAACACACACAACAUUUGUGAGGGCAAGUCCAGAAAACCAUGCAGUCAUCGGGGCACAGAUUCCGGGACAUUGAGCACCAUCCCCUCCUUGCUGAAAAUGACAGCUAUGAUUCUUCUUCAUCGGAAGCCGAUAUGGCAGACAGGGUUUGGUUCAUCCGUGAUGGCUGUGGCAUGGUCUGUGCUGUGAUGACGUGGUUUCUGGUUGUCUAUGCAGACUUUGUAGUGACUUUUGUCAUGUUGCUGCCUUCCAAAGACUUCUGGUACUCUGUGAUCAAUGGUGUUCUUUUUAACUGUUUGGCAGUGCUAGCUCUGUCGUCUCAUCUGAGAACUAUGCUAACUGAUCCUGGGGCUGUACCAAAAGGAAAUGCCACUAAAGAAUACAUGGAGAGUUUGCAGCUGAAACCAGGGGAAGUGAUCUACAAAUGUCCAAAAUGCUGUAGUAUCAAACCAGAACGUGCACAUCAUUGCAGUAUUUGCAAGCGAUGUAUUCGAAAGAUGGAUCAUCACUGUCCCUGGGUGAAUAAUUGUGUAGGAGAGAAAAACCAGAGGUUUUUCGUGCUGUUUACGAUGUAUAUAGCCCUAAUUUCAGCUCAUGCACUCAUUCUGUGUGGGUUUCAGUUUUUCUCUUGUGUCCGAGGACAGUGGACUGAAUGCAGUGACUUCUCCCCGCCUGUAACUGUGAUCCUGAUGGUCUUUUUGUGCCUUGAGGGUUUUCUGUUUCUCACUUUCACUGCUGUUAUGUUUGGCACCCAAAUCCACUCAAUAUGCAAUGAUGAAACGGAGAUUGAGAGGCUUAAAAGUGAAAAGCCAACAUGGGAGAGGAGACUACGUUGGGAAGGGAUGAAAUCUGUCUUUGGGGGCCAACCUUCACUCCUGUGGAUCAAUCCUUUUGCAGGAUUUCGAAUCAGGCAACUUUUGCUGAGAGCAAAGAAAGGGGGACCUGAGUUUUCUGUGUGAGCCUGCCUAAUCAUACUUGAACUUGCAAGAAUACUAUAUAAAUAUUUAUUUGGGGCCAGAAAUGGCUGUCUACAUAUAAUCUGUGACCAACUGAAACAAACAAGACAUUUGCUUGUAGCAAGCAGAGUUUUAUAGUCACAGACAUCUCAUUAACUUUCAGAAACGUAAACUGGAUGCUGUAGCGAUCUUUCAGCAGGAUAACAAAAGAGAGGUGUGUAACCACACUAAAGAAGCCAAAAUGUCGUCAUACUACUGUAACUUAUUGUUUAAUGGGAUUAAUUUUGCAUUUUUGUUGAACUGUUUAUUUGAUAAAUGUUUUGGGAAUUACCUGUGUGUUUUAUAAAAUUCUGAGCCGAGGUGCAGUUUUCAAUCAUGAGAUUAAGUAGUUAAGUUGGAAGCCCAUUUUAAAUGGCAUCAAGCUUUCUAAAUCCAUUAGUUUUCAGGGAAUAAUGACUUAGUCCUUUAAUUUUAUUUAUAUUUUCAUUUGUCCUGAUAGUCAAAAUUAUACUGUUACGUCCCACUUCAGACAUGCAGUCCUUGCAUACUAGUAAUUCGAGAUUUGUGCGCGUGGUUACAUAAACAUGUCAAAUGCACUCCUCCAGCCCUGCCAAAUGUCUUCCGUGAUUCACAAUAGCAUGUCUUGUAUUUGGCAGCAUUAAUCUUAAAUGGCAUUUAGGUAAAUUCUAAAUGUGCAGUAAUCAAAUAUUUUUAACUUUAGCUAUGGGUCAAUUCUGCCCUGCGAUACUUGUCUUCAAUUCUCAGUGCAUUGACUUUAAAGGAACUCGUGUGUGGGUAUCUGAGGGACCAGGGACUAGAUCCUCCUGUAGGAUUAAAAAUGAAUGUAUUGCAGAUUGGUAUAACUUUGAUCCAAAGAACAAUCAUUAUUGUAAGGUCCUGAGUCCCCCCCCCCUUUUUGUGUGUGUGUGUGUUUAUAGAUUUUACACGCCUUCAGAAACUAGUAAAUAGUUCACCAGUCACUUAAAUAGAAGGAGGGAGACUUCCUUCAGAGUUAGGGAAUGUAAUCCCAGCCUCCUUUGUGCAAGUACAAGAAAUCUGAGUGUAAAAUGGAAAAUGUCUAUACAGUAUAUAAAGGGGGGAAACUUUCAUUUCACCAUUUUCCAACCAAAACUGCUUGAAAACAAAAGAAAUGAACAGUGUCGAAAUGUAACUUUUUGUGCGUCUGACAAAUAACAGUAGUUCUAAGAUGUGUUCCUAGAUCUGUAAGUAAUGACACAAUCUGCAAGUGAUGAAAUACAGCUGAAAAUGGAUUAUCUAAACACUACAGAUAGAAGAAUUUUUGUGUUUAUCAUUACUUUGUUGUCUUUGAAUUAUCCACUGCACAAAGGAUAAAACAGGAGCCUUGAUGCAUAGCUUGAAACUGUGCCUGGAAAGUAAACAGCUCCCUGUUCUGGGACUUGCCUUAAACUUGUCCAGUUUUUGUUUUUGCUUUACCAUUAGCAUCAACAAGUAUAUCCCACCUCAAGCAGUAUGAUAUGCUCAAGGAUCUCCCAUUAGUAAGUUUACAUUCACAGACUGAAAAUAUACUUUCUUUUCUUCGUGACUUGUUUCUCCAUUUCUGUGCAAGUCUUUGUGGAAUCUUAAUUCUUAAUCAUACUGAUUCUUCAUCACAUUUAUGUCCUAGUAUGUGUCAGUUUACUAAGGGAUCCAUUCAAUAUACCAUGGUCCAAUGAACAAAACUGUGCAAUACUUCGGAAGAUGUAUACAGUGCUUAGGGGGUAGGUAUGUAAUAUGGAGAAUUGCCAGAUGAACACAUCCAAUAAAGCCACAGACAGAUGAACAAAAAUACAUGUAUCAUGUAAAUGAGGGGGAAGGUUGGAAGUUGGACAAGACUCUUCGAAUAUUCAGUUCAACAUCCCCCAUAAAUAUUGGAGAAAAAUGUAUCUGGCUUUGUCAUGAGGCUUUUAGUAUGUAUAUUGUUUAAUAAAAAUAUACUGAUGAAAAUCAGAAAAUAUCAUUUAAA